AUGUCUAUCAACGGGUAUUACUCUCCCUCCGCCGCACCUCCUGGCUCAGAAUCAGAAAUUCAGGAACGCAAGGUCAUCGGGAAAAUGGUCGUGUUUAUGGAGAGUUUCGCCCUGGACGUUACUUAUUCCCCAUCGAUGAGGAAGAAAAAGACAGACCGCGCUCGAGUUCUCGAUCUCGGCACGGGCACUGGCAUAUGGGCAAUCGAUGUUUCCGACGCCCUCUGGAAGGGGCCUGAGAACCACGGUCUCGUGCAUGGAUUAGAUCUUGCUUAUAUUCAGCCCGCUGACGUACCAUCUACGGUGUCUUUUAUGCAGGCAGAUGUAGAAGAACCCUGGCCGCUGCGCGAGAAUGAUUACGACUUGAUACAUAUUCAGCUUCUGAUGGGUGGGAUUCGGGAUUGGACGGAUCUCUACCGGAAGAUUUUCAGGCAUCUGAAACCUGGAGGCUAUCUGGAACAUGUAGAGAUCGACUGGACGUUCCGGUCUGACGACAACACACUCACCUCAGACACAGCUCUGGUGGCUUGGAGCGAAGCUGUACAUCGGGCGUUACGGACCUUUGGCACGCCACUGGACAUCAAUGACAGAAUCAAGGGCGACCUCCAAGCGAUAGGUUUCACGGACGUUACCGAGACAAUUGUCAAGCUUCCGAUCAACCCCUGGGCCGACAAUAAGCAUGACCAAGAGUUGGGCCGAUGGUUCAAUCUUGCAGCCACUCAUGCCGUCAAUGCUAUGAGCCUAGCACCACUCACCCGAGUUGAGGGUUGGCCCGUCGAACAAGUACAGAGUCUCGGAAGCGAGGUGAAGAAGAACCUCUGUAAACUUAGCAUCCAUGCUUACUGCCGACUACAUGUAUGGACGGCUAGGAAACCGAGCCAAUGA